AUUGACCUUAACUGCAUCCCGUAGCGUGAGAGUAACCAGGAAAUGGGAUGGUAACUAUGGAAAACUGACGUUAGAGGAUGGAAGAUAAGCGGGUUUUAUGGUUUCUUCCCCCGCGAUUAUAAAACGUUGACUACUUCCAUCUAGCGUCACGUGAGCCAAAUACAGUUAAAUUAAAGCGUAAUACCACACAGAGACCGAUGGCUCUGCCAACCGUGUCCGCACACGGGCCCAGCCGCAGCCGGCUCCUGGCUCGACAGAUGGCCCGCCAGCGGGAACAGGAGGCUCGCUGGCGGCAGCAGUGGGAGCAGCACUCUCAGUACUUCAGGGAACAAAAUCUGCGCAGCCACAAGCAAUCAGUGUGGAGCUCUCGUCAGACUUAUCAACAGAGUAUGUCAGCAUACCAUAAGCAGAGAUUGAAGGAGGAGAAGAGAAUUAAUCUGGAUCAGCGCAGGAGUCGGCUCAGGGUCAUGCUUCAAGAGGAGCAGGACCAGCUGGAGGCUGAGCUCCAGCAACUGGUUCCUGACAGGAGCACACUGGCAAGUCAGCUGGUGCAAAAAAAACGAAGGCUUCGCUCACUGAGAGAGGAAAGAAGGAAAAAGCUUGCACAAGAGCUGCUGAAGGAGCACCAGAGGAAAAACAACCCAGAGUUGCGAGAGGUCGAGUCAGCGUUACAUAAAGAUCAUGUUGUCAACCAGUGGCAAGAACAGAUAUCUGAGAAAAAACAGCACCAAGUGGCAGAGCAAGAAGAGAAGAGGCGUUUUGAAAAUGAAUAUGAGAGGACACGAAAAGAAGCUCUGGCAAGGAUGAGGCAAGCAGAGGAGGAAAAGAAAGCAGAGGGCCGCAAGAGAGCAGAAGAGCUUUGUAAACAGAUGGAAGAACUGAAGCUGAGGGAAGAAGAGGCCAGUCGUCUCAAGAAGGAGCAAGAAGCUCUGCUGGCCCAGCACUGGGAGCUGGAAAAAAUAGAAGAGGAGAGGAGAGAGAUGGAGGAAAGGAGAAAGAAGUCUGAGAUAGGGCAAUUCUUGAUCCGUCAGUAUCGUGCUCAGCUGAAGAGGAGAGCCCAGCAAGUGCAAGAGGAGCUUGAGGCUGACCGCAAGAUCCUAGCGGCCAUGCUGGAGGGAGAGCAGGAGGACAAAAAGAUGGAGAGUGCACGAAGAGAAAGAGCUGUAGCCGAUGCUGCAUGGAUGAAACAUGUGAUUGAGGAGCAGCUUCAGUUAGAGAGGGAGAGAGAGGCUGAGUUUGACGUUCUGUACAGAGAGGAAGCCCAGCGGGUAUGGGAGAAACGGGAGGCGGAGUGGGAGAAGGAGAGGAAAGCCAGAGAGCGGCUCAUGCACGAGGUUCUCAUAGGGAGACAGCAGCAGCUGAAGCUAAAGAUGGAGCAGAACCGUGCAGCUCAGGAGGAGUCCCUGAGGAGACGAGAAAAGCUGAUCCAAGAACUGGAGCUGGAGAGGGAGACCAGACGCCGGGAGAGGGAGCAAGAAGAGGGCCUCAGAACAGCACGAAUGCAAGAGUUAAACGCUCAGGUGGAGCAGCGGCGCCAAGAGCAAUGGGAGGAGCAGUGCAGGAUAGAGCAAGAAGAAAAGGAGGAGCAGGAGGCCCUUCAAAUCCAGGAGGAGGAGCUGAGACUGGAGAUGGAUAGAAUAGCCAAGCAAGGCUACCAGGAAAAGAUUCACAGCAGACCUCGAUCAGCCUGGACAUGAAGACUGAGCAAGAGCGGCCCUGUUUUCACCUGGCAUCAGCGUGCGUCUUUGAUGAUCCAAUCACAAGUGGACAGCUGUGUGCAUGCCCUUUCACACCUCACAUUGGAAUGUGUCUCCACAUGCAAUCUAGACUGCCCACUUGUGAUCACAUGACCCAGGAUGUAUGUUAAUGCAAGGUGGAACCAGGGCCAUGUAAUUUACAUGUAAUUCGUGUAGAUAUGUUGGAAGAUGCCAAUCAUUCAUUUUUGUUCUCAGGCCAUAAGUAUGCCAACUUCAUGUGACUGAGUAUGGCUAGUUGACUGCAUGGUUAGAAAAGCACUAAAGGAAAGUUUUGCAAUUCUAGAGCUAUUCUGUGACUAUAGUUUUUAAAAGCUUUUUUGUAGACUCUUUAAUAUAUCAAAUCAAGUAUUUUUUGUACCAGUGCAAGACUGAAUAUGAAAGAGGGUUAAUAAAAAUGUGAAAAACUACAAGAAGUUAUAGUUAUA